GUCCGUUGGAAAUAUGUUGUUUUUGUGACUGAUAAAUACAGUGGUGAAAGGCUACAGUUAUUCGGGGUCUAGCUUUCUCAAUAGAUACUUUCCUCGUCCUUGUCGUUAGAGCCAUUAUACAAUGUCAUUCGCAUUCGCCAGGCUGUCCUCAAAGACACACGAUUAAUACCUACUCCAGACUGUGGGGGGCAGCAUUGGGCUCUGCAGUGUACGGCCGAGCGGAACGUCCUUAGAAGAAGCAGUCGGACGUGUUGACGGAAACACAAGUGACGUGAGGCAGUGCGGCCCACGCUGGUGGAGAGAUUAAAAUGCCGAAGAGAAGCAAAGUAAAGAAUGGAAAGGAUGCACAGAGAUGUAGCAGUGAUAAUGAGCAACUUCCUCCUAAACAGAGCAGAUCAGAAGACAGCAACACUCCAUCCCCUCUGUGCUUCCAUAGCCCAGCCAGCCUGUUUGAGAGCCUCAUCCAGCCCAUGAAGAUGGAGCAGUUCUUCGGAGAGUACUGGGAGAAGAAGCCCCUCCAUCUGCAGAGAUCUGAUCCCAUAACAGCCUCCUACUACCAGUCUUUGUUCCAGCUAUCCGACCUGCGGAGCCUAUGUUCUCAGGGUCUAGAAUACUACACGGACAUCAACGUUGUUCGCUGCAUCAAUGGCAAGAAAAAAGUGCUUAACAAGGAGGGACAAGUUAAGAACAGUGUCCUCAGUAAGAACUUGGUCGAGAAUAAGGCCACAAUCCAAUUCCACCAGCCACAGAGGUUCAAGGAUGAGCUCUGGAGGAUCCAGGAGAAACUGGAAUGUUUCUUUGGGGCCUUGGUGGGCUCAAACAUCUACAUUACACCACAGGAGUCCCAGGGCCUUCCAGUUCACUAUGAUGAUGUUGAGGUUUUCAUUCUGCAGCUGGAAGGGGAGAAACAUUGGCUUCUCUACAAUCCUACUGUUCAGCUGGCAACAGAAUACAGCAUAGAGUCAGAGGAGAGAAUCGGCAGUCCAAGCCAUGAAAUUCUAUUGAAGGCAGGGGAUCUUCUGUACUUUCCCAGAGGUACCAUCCAUCAAGCCAAAACUCCAGCAGGAGUGGACCACUCUACCCAUCUGACCCUCAGCACCUACCAGAAAAUGUCAUGGGGAGAUUUGCUGUUGGACAUAUUUCCCAGCUUGUUGUGUGACAGCAGCAGGACUGAAGUUAGCCUGAGAGAGGGCAUACCCAGGCAACUUUUGCUGGGUAGCAGUGAAGGCCUGGACAACAUCAGGCGGCUGGCCACUGAACUAACAUCCCUGGCUGAUAAAAUGGAAACAGGGCAGCAGGAAGUCCGCUCUACUCACAUGAAAAGAGACUUCAUCAGUAACAGACUGCCUCCAUAUAGCCGGGAGGAGCUAACACCAUCUGGGAAGAUUCCUGCCUUGGAGGAUGUGGUGCAUUUGAGGUUUAAAGAACAUAUGGUUAUAACAGUGGAGCCCAGUCAUGACAGAACAGAUGAGGCUACAGAAUUGGUCAUCUUUGUCCUACAUUCUUUGAAGAACCAAAGGGAGAGCCACAUGAUGGGUGAAAGUUGUGAUGCAGAGGUGGAACAGGACAUCUCCAGGGGCCUGCAGUUCCCUCUGUCCCACCUCCAGGCCCUGCGGCAGCUCCAACAGGCAGAACAGCUGGCUGUGGCCCAGCUCCAGCUGCCUACACCGGAGGACAAACUCAACCUGACCCUGGCUCUCUGGAGUGAGAGCCUGCUGGUUGUGGUAUAGCAUCAAAUAGAAUUCAACAUACAAUUGAUUAAAAACCUGUUGAGUGGAAUAAAAAUCUCUGAUUAUUUCUCUUUUUUUUCCUGAACAAAGCUCUCACAGUUCCAGCAGUGCAGAUGUAGAUUUGUGCUUGUGGCAAAACUAUGUUGAUUAAAUAAUAUACUGUA